AGUACAGCAUACGAGUACCGGUACCGGUUUUUUACAAGAAUAAAACAGAUAGCAUACCCACAUCCGAAUCCUCCCCAAUCCCCAGCCUCACAACCUAAAAUGGCCUCCCAGACCCCGUGGCUCUCAAAAGCCCUAACCCCCGCAGAAAAAAUCCACUCCUUCUUCAACAACAUAGACCCAAACCCGGAAACCAAGAUCUACGACACCACGCUCCGACGCGACGAGCUAACUCUCCUCUCCGCUGCCUGCGCGCCCGCCGGCACAAGUACCUUCGAGUUUACGGUAGCGCCCUCGCACACGAACCGCAUGGGCAUCCUCCACGGCGGCUGCGCCGCGUUGAUAUUCGACGUUUGCACUACUACAGCGCUAUCGCCUAUUGCCCGGGAGGGCUUCUGGGACUACCUGUGAGUGCGAUCGUUGGGACCUGAGAGGGAGUAUGCGUAGGGGGCUAACGGGGUGGUAGUGGUAUAACCCGGAGCUUGAACAUCUCGUACUUUCGACCGGCGCCGGUGGGCACGGUGCUCCUUAUUCGCAGUGAGGUCGUCCAGGCUGGGAGGAGGCUGGCUACAAUUAAGGGGGUUAUCAGCAGGAAGGAUGAUGGGAAAGUUUGUUAUACGGCGGAGCAUUUGAAGGUUAACAUUCCCGUGCCCAGUUUGUAGAGUGCUUGGGAUGGUGAGGUUGCUUUUCGAUUAAUUUUCAAUGGUUCGGGAGGGAAUACCGAGAGGUAAGAUCUGAUAUGGAUCGAUGUGAUAUCAUAAGGAGAGAGAUUCUGUGGUCAAGUUUGGCAUGCCUUCCACUGUCGCUGCGCUCAAGAGACCGGUGGAAUACGGUAGGGCCUCAGUUUUCCUUGAGAGAAACUACCCCACCGUAAUUUAUCGCCAAUUAAGGGAUGAUACCUUCCAGAUCUCAUUGUUCCUGACGAGGGAGGACAAUCAUACGGUACAAAUGAGGAUGCCGGAACGGUAAGUUAGGGCUAGAAUUAGGUAGGCUCCGGAGCUUUUGCCACCAGCGUACUCUACUGCAUUACCUGUUUGUUUUUUUGCUUUUUUUCCGCCUACCGCUAGAAGGUUGAAUUAAACUGCGGCUGAGGUGAGCCUAUUUCAGCCAUGUUAGCAAGUAACAA